CCCGCCAGAAGGACGGAAGCAUCAAGUCGCUCGAAUCCUGUGGAGUCAUCGUCGGUGGAAAAUAAAGAUGUAUGGCCCAGUUUGUUGCGGCCGCAGGGUGCGCGCCACUUGCAAAUUUGAAUCGGGCCGGCUUGCAGGUACCCCCGCCAGAAGGACGGAAGCACCAAGUCACUGGAGACCUCAGGAGUCAUUGCCGGUGGAGAAUUGGGGAUGUUUGGCCCAAUUUGUUGCAGUCGCAGGGUGCGCGCAACUUGCAACAUUUGAGUUGGACCAGCGUUGCAGACACUCCGCCAGUCGUCAACAUUGAGGUUCCGAUGUGGAUCCCGCGCAGCCGUUAUUGCGGUCAUUUUAGAGUUGCUGGCAACGUUUGGCGGUGGAGUCUGCCUGAAUUUGGGCAGGAAACUCAUCGCUUUAAGUGGAUUCGUUACGCGCUACGUCUGUUAAUAAGCUGUCAACCCGUUCUCUGGUUUUUUCUCCAGUUGUCAGAACACGUUGUCCAGAACGCUGUCAGUUCCCGCGCCGCCGUCUCGUUGCAAGGUCCGAAAAGUUUCUGCAUCUCAGCUAGUGUCCUUCAGGAAUCGGCAGGGAGGUCAUCAUUGAUUUGAAGUCGUCAGAAUUGCCGCUUUCGUAGGCCAUCUCGCCAGGAAUAGAGGAGCAUCUUAUAAUCGCCGGGCCAAAAUGCUUUGCCGUAGGCCGCCGCUCGAGAAAGUCCAUGGAAUUUGAUGUAGAAAAUUGUAUUAGAUAAGUGUGCCUAUGUGUUUAAUUUUUUUUGUUUUUGUCUGAUUGGCAUUUGUCUUUUCUUUUACUGGUCCAGUUGUCCGGGAUUUUUCAAUUUGGAAAUCAAGGGAUGAGAGGCUAAUAAAAAUGUGCAAAUUCGUGUAGUUAGACAACAGGCAUUUUGACGAGCCUCGGACCCUAGUUAUUUGUUUGUAUUGGCAGAGAGGGGCGUUGUCGUUUGAGAGCUGCCGAGUUGGAUUUGGAAAUAGCAUGGGCUGGAUAUGCAGUGCUGUGGAUUGGACGCAAUAGUUGUCACUGGAAGUCAUUGAGGGGAAAAAGACGAAUUUGGAGUGCGCGAAUUUUUUCACUUCCGACAUCAGCA